AUGAUGGAGGUCGAUCUCAUUAUUAAUAUGGGUUUUUUCAUUAGUGAUCUCCACAAUCACAUCGCUAAGCUUCAUGUUCAACAGUUUUCUGGACAAUCAACUUCACAUGCAUUUACUGUCUAUCAUGAUCAAGGAUUGCCGAAAAAUGAUUUUGAUCGAAUGGUCAAUCUACAAGGUGGACUCUUAUUAUUUAACAAUUUCUUAUCGACUAGUAUUCAUCGUAAAGUAUCCCGCAAUUUUGCUCGUCAAACUAUGGAAACGUCUAAUCUUGUGGGUAAUUUAUUUGUCAUAAAAAUUGAUCCAUCCAUUGUCUCAACAUCAUUUGCUGACGUGCGUGAUAUCAGUUACUUCAAAGGAGAAGAAGUUCUCCUCUCCAUGCAUUCCAUUUUUCGUAUUGAAGCAAUGAAACAAAUCGAUGGAAACAAUCGUCUUUGGCAAGUCAAUUUAACAUUGACCAGUGAUAAUGACCCGGAUUUUCAUGCACUUACUGCACGGAUGCGAGAAGAGACGAAAGGACCGACGGGAUGGCUUCGACUAGGGAAAUUGAUGGUAGAAUUAGCCUGA